AUGGAGAUCGACCUCGAGGGUGUAAGCAGUGUCGAGUGUGCAGAGAUCGAGACUGACGCUGGCAACGAAAUUCUGCUGGAGCAGAUCGUUAUUGAUGGCGGAAGCGUCACCCUGAAGAGCUCCAGCUACGUCCGAUUCGUCAACGUAGAAUUCGACGUCAAGCCUGGAGCCACCCUGGUGUUCGACAUGCCCGAGACGUACUUCGGACCCAACACGGCGCGCAAGGAGGGCACGUGGUACUACAACAGCUUCGGCAUGAACGUCGACGAAGGCGCGACCGUAACCUUCGCGGGGGACGUUGUGGCCAGCGAUGUCUCCAACGCCUUCACCGCGUUCUACAACAGGGGGUCCAUGGAAUUCCAAAAGACGGCUCUGUUCGAGGACGGCACGUACGUCUUCUACGAGAACCAAGGAACCAUCAAGUUCCGUGGAGACGCCACCUUCCGGAACAACCGAUUUCACGCCAUACAGAACAUUUUUUCGGGCUAUAUCAGGUUCUCCAAGGACGUUCUCUUCGAUGGGAACUCGUACGAGAAUGACAACAUCGGCAGCUGCAGCCUCUCCUGCAUCGACGAGGAAUCGAGAAUUGUCGUGCGAGGGGAUGCGGUCUUUCAGAACCACAACUGCCCUGGGGUGGCGCUCUGGCAACUCUACGGUACCACAAAGUUCUACGGGAAGGCGUACUUCAACAACAACUCCCGCGAUAAAUCCACCUUCGACUACAACAUGGACGGGAACCUCGGAGGCGCGGUCGUUGUGUCCGGCGGCACGAUGACCUUCAACGGGGCCGUGCAGUUCAACGACAACUCCGCUGAGGCGUUCGGUGGUGGAAUCGGCAUCGAAGACGGCGACGUAAUCUUCAAGAAAUGGACCACCUUCGACGGCAACUCUGCCGAUAAUGGAGCCGCCUUCGCUAUGACGGGGGGGACGCUCACGUUCCAGGAACCGAAAGUUGUGACUCGGUUCACCAACAACGACGUCUAUGAAGACGAGUACCCGGUCGAAGAAAGCUGCACGGUCGGGUUUGUCGCCGAUGAAGCCCUCGUGAUCGGCUUUCCCGGUGACGACAUCUGCGUCGCAGGCGGUUCCACCCGCAAGCUGCUGUAGGAAGGAACAAUUCCUGGGCAGCAACCACGGGAAGUUAGGCAUCAGUUCUUGCCGAUGUCGACUACAAUCUGCAUUUCGUGUGUUUCCAAGCUGAAACUUGCGCACCUAUUUAGUUUGGUUCUGGUGACUACGCGAACGAAAAGGGCCUGGCAACCACGUUAGUGAGCACGAUCCAAGCUCCGGAUCUCGUCCAAGAUAUUUUGGGGUGAAGGUAUUGACAGAACGGAGUCUUGAACCCUGGCUGUACUUUAGGUUGUACCACGAUGUUAUCGGUGUAUGGAUACGUUGUCUUAGGGUUGUCGACAUGUGCGCGGGAGAUUUGAAACCCGACGGAGGCGCAAGUGGAGGCAAAAGAGAACCACAUGUACGCGCAUUUGGCUGAAGCUUAUGGAACUAAAAUCCAAUUUGAGAGUCUUAUGGAAGUCACCGAGAGGCCAGAGCGGGUUGCCGGCAGAAAUCUUCUCGAAUACGUGGCAUUGACGUCCUAUAUGCUAUCACUCGGGGCUCGUUCGUAUGGCAAGAGCUCUCUGGGAAACAAUCAGGACAUGCUCUGUUUUGUCUGGUCGAUGAAUGUGUAGAGCUAGGGCCGGCUCUUAAGAAGGUAGUUUUGGCAGAGGCUGGGUUUCUUUCCGAAGGUUACGAGGCAAAUGGCCGCGAUAUAUUGUUUUUUGGUGUAGACGUUCUCAACCGGGCUCACAUGUGGUGCUCAGGUUCCUAGAUUAGACUUGUGUGGUAUGAGUUUUUCCAGGCUUGCAUUCAGGGUCUUUACUGCCAAGUUUAGAGUGCGAGCACCAACUGCUGUAUGCUUGGAGACUGUGAAGGGUUGUUGGUGGUCCUUGACGGCAGUAUCAAGGCCGUUUCGAAUGUAUUCCGGAUAGACGAAGUGACAGCGAGAUCAAAAUUGGAAGAAAGGAAGAACAAGCCCAAAAGGCAUUCAGCCCAAACGGGGAAAAACAAGCUACAAAU